UUGGUCACUACUUGACAAAGAAAAAGCCUUCCUUCUUUUUCUCUCUCUGUCUUCUUCCCUGCUUCCUUCCAUUGAUUUUUUCCUCUCACUAACCCCAAAAGAGACUUUGUUUGUUGAAAACCUCCUCUCCUUCAACGCGCUAAACGUGAAGAGUUCCAUGGAAGGAAGGAAGAGGAAUCACUAUUAAUAUUACCCCGUAGUAGUCCCCACCACCUCCUCUGUGACAGAAAUUAGAAACCCAGCACUUCUGGUUUUUCCUUUCCUGCGAGACUCAGCGAAGACGGAGGAAUGGGGCGGGCGAGGCAAAAGCAGCAUCAUCACAAUGCGGCGUCGUUUUGGAGAUACUUUCUCAUGGCUUUAGCCUUAUGCUUCGUCUUCUCCACGCCCCUCUGCUCAGCCAGACCCCAGCACAAGAAUGCUUACGCCACCAUGAUGUAUAUGGGCACUCCCAGAGACUACGAGUUCUACGUCGCCAUACGCGUCCUCCUCAAAUCACUCGUCGCCCUCAACGUCCAAGCCGAUCUCGUCGUCAUUGCCUCCGUCGACGUCCCUCUCCGAUGGGUCCGAGCUCUGGAAAAAGAAGAUGGAGCGAAAGUGGUGAGAGUGGAAAACAUGGAUAACCCCUACAAGCACCAAGAUAAUUUCGACAAGAGAUUCAAGUUGACGUUAAAUAAACUGUACGCGUGGAGCCUAGUUGAUUACGACAGGGUGGUCAUGUUGGAUGCUGACAACCUCUUCCUUCAUAACACCGAUGAGUUGUUUCAAUGUGGACAAUUCUGCGCCGUCUUUAUCAACCCCUGCAUCUUCCACACCGGCCUCUUUGUCUUGCAGCCAUCAAUGACGGUGUUCAAGGAUAUGGUUAAUGAAUUGGAGAUUGGAAGAGAAAAUCCGGAUGGUGCGGACCAAGGUUUUAUAUCUAGUUACUUCCCGGAAUUGCUUGAUCGGCCACUGUUUCAUCCGCCUCCAAACGGCACCAAGCUUGAGGGAACAUAUAGGCUUCCUUUAGGAUAUCAGAUGGAUGCUUCGUACUACUAUCUGAAGCUACGAUGGAGCAUCCCUUGCGGACCAAAUAGUGUGAUCACAUUCCCUGGGGCACCCUGGUUAAAACCAUGGUAUUGGUGGUCGUGGCCUGUUCUGCCAUUAGGCCUCCAGUGGCAUGAACAACGUCGUCAAACUUUGGGGUAUAGUGCAGAGAUGGCGGUGGUACUGAUCCAGUGUGCGAUAUACAUAGGAAUAAUAGCAAUGACCCGUUUGGCGAGGCCGAGUCUCUCAAAGCUGUGCUAUCGGCGAUCCGAUAAGAGCAUUAACUUAGUGCAGAACAGCCUCAAGUUGGUAGCAUUUUGGUGCAUACUUGCAGCCUACAUAACUCCAUUCUUCACCAUUCCUCACACGGUUCACCCUCUUCUGGGAUGGUCUCUGUAUUUGCUCGGUUCUUUCGCUCUGUGUUCGAUCGCCAUGAAUGCGUUUCUUCUUCCAAUUUUACCAGUUUUGGUCCCAUGGUUAGGUAUUAUUGGAGUGCUCUUAGUUAUGUCAUUUCCAUGGUAUCCAGAUGGUGUAGUCAGAGCUCUGGCCGUCUUCGCUUAUGCCUUCUGCUCUGCACCAUUUCUGAGCGUAGCCGUAUCGAGGAUAAAUGCAGCUCCAUUAACUCUUGAGAGGGAAGCUUUCUUGCCCAGACUGGGAGAAUCCACUCCUCCUUCUGGGUUUAACAAGCUUUACUGAAAUUGAGCAGUACCCAUUUGUGCAUAAUACAGUGACCGCCACAAUCAAUGAUUUUUUCCUGCAGACAACACACCGUCGGGACAUGGGGGCUUUGGGGCAUGAGAUCAUUCGCAUUCUUUCGGAACUGAUUGCUAUUUUACCUUUUUGCUACAUGGUGUGCUUGAUUGGCUCCAGUCUUGUGUAGUUGUAAAAUUAUUGAGCAGUGGCCAGAUUUGGGUAUUAUUACUCAUGAGUCCUUGUAUAAACUCUAGAUUGGUAUCUAUAUUAGUAUAUAAAUUCUUCCCGUCAUGGAAGAAACCUUCGCCUCAA